GUAUUGAUUAAUAUAGUUUGCCAAAAUAAUAAAGCAAAAUGUUAAAUUUUUAUAACUUUGUAACUAUUGUUAUUUUAUAUUUUACAUCAAUCAAUGUAAAUUGUAUUGAUGUGAACACCAGUAUAGGAGUAGUGAGGGGUCGGACACUACAUGUGUUGGACACAAAUGUGGACCAAUUUUUGGGCAUCCCUUACGCCGAACCCCCGGUCGGCAAACUUAGGUUUGCAAAACCCGAACCUAUUUCUAAGCCAUUCCCUGAUAUAAUCGAUGCAACAAAACCAAAAAACUCAUGCAUACAACGAGAAGGUAUUUUCCCUAUCGCUCCGGGCGCAGGUAUGAGUGAAGACUGUCUGGUGCUUAACAUAUGGACAACAAAUACCACAGCAUUAAAGCCAGUGAUGUUUUGGAUAUACGGCGGCGGACUUAAUAGUGGGUCAAUUUUCAUGGAGAUAUACAAUGGGACCGCUUUGGCCACAAAGGAUGUGGUGGUUGUGUCCGUCAACUAUAGGUUAGGACCGUUUGGUUUCCUAUACGGG